AUGCACUGGGAGAAAUCGUCAAGACAGAGGUUCCACGAAUCGAUAAAUCGAAAGAAACCGCACAGAAGUCAACAAAAAAUCUCAAAACGUCAUCAGCCGAACUGCGCCAAGAAAGCCUCGCUGUCGAUUGUGCCUCGUUACUGUGAAUGGGAUACAGAAUGGAUGAUGGAUUGCGAAGAGAACACGUUCGAUGAUCUCACGAAUCAUGAACCGAUUGAAAUCGCAUCCGUUAAACUUUCUGAUUUAGUGAUCUCGAAACCAUCUCAAAAACGAACCGAUCGACGACGAAUCAAGUCGACAGUUAGUUUCUGA